AUGCGCCUUUUCAAUUCUCGGCUCAUAUUAUGGGGUCUUUACUCCUUGCUCAUUCCUGAGAUAUCCUGCGUUCCAGUCUCUGAAGACCCUUACUCCGAAAACCUCCAAACCUCUCAAAUUGAUGAUGAAAAGACGCCUAUUCCACGACACUUCUUUGCCAAAGCUUCACUUGAGACACGCAACAAUCACAUCCCCCCUCAGGGUUGUUUUCUACGAGGAAAAAGAAAGGCUGUCAGUGAGCAGGAGUCUGCCCGCUUCAGAUAUCGCAUCUACGAUGCGGGCGAGGCAUAUGCGGAGGUGGAUCUCAGAAACAAAAUAGGGAGUGGUCACGAAGGCGAUGUCUGGGACGGAACACUUACCUACCUAGACACGGAAGAUAACAGAAAGAGGAGGAUUAGACCCAACGUUCCAAAGCGAGUGGCUGUCAAGAUAUCAGAUGAUGGACAUGUGUUAGACCAGUCCAACCUUGAACAGCGCAUCGACAGCUCCUAUAUUUUGAAGUACAUAGAGCGCUUCUGGUCCAUAACGGACGGGAAAGCGGUCCUAGUGAUGCCAAAAGGCAAAAUGGAUCUACGCAAGGCCCUCGAAAGGAACUGGCGGGGACUCAGUCUCCUGGUCACAAUACUCGGUGCUGGAAUGGCAUUAUUCGAUGCUAAGAAAGCACGAAUUGUUCAUCGGGACGUGAAGCUUGCAAAUAUCCUUCUCAUGGCCAACGGCGACCCUUACCUGAUUGAUUGGGGUUUGGCUAAGUACAUGGGGAGGGAGUCUACUCUUCCCGCGGGAAAAGCUCCAGGGACAGACAAUUUUAUGGGUCCAGAGGCCUAUCAUGGCGAAGAGCAUGAUCCCUACAGCAAUGAUGUUUGGUCAUUGAACAAGACUUGGUUGAAAGCCGAAGACAAUAGAGUGAAGUUUAACAAAGACUACGAGAAUUGGGUGGAUAACGCUCUACGCCCGCCGCGUCAAAAAGACGGAACACCAUCUGGCCUCAGUCACGACGAUGCCUCUAAGUUUAUGAAGGAUAACUUUCCAGAUCUAGGCGAAGAUAAAAGGCGACUUAUGGCAGCGGGUUUAUGCCGACAGGAUGAACGCUGGAACAUAGACAAAUGGUUAGAUGAUUUCAUAAAUACAUUCGAGCCGUAG